AACUCUAUUGACUAUGGAGAGUCGUUGUAAUGGCGGACGCAUUGUGAUUGUUUGUUGAAAGAAUUUGUGCUGCUGUUACGAUAUUACUAAAAGAAAUCAUAACAUUAAGUAAUCUCAAAUUGUAAGUCUGCAGUACAAAUUGAAUUCAACACUUUUUUGGUGGAGCGUGGUCAUUUUAUUUAGCAAAAUGUCUGAUACUAGUGAUUUAGACCGUCAAAUUGAACAGCUAAAGAGAUGCGAGAUAAUAAUGGAGGCCGAGGUUAAGGCACUGUGUGCCAAGGCCCGCGAAAUUCUCGUCGAAGAGAGCAAUGUUCAGCGGGUAGAUUCUCCUGUCACGGUUUGUGGAGAUAUCCAUGGUCAAUUCUAUGAUCUGAAAGAACUGUUUAAAGUAGGCGGUGAUGUUCCUGAAACCAAUUAUUUAUUUAUGGGCGACUUUGUUGACCGAGGAUUCUAUUCCGUAGAAACAUUCUUAUUACUUCUUGCUUUAAAGGUCCGCUACCCUGACCGCAUCACACUGAUCAGAGGCAACCAUGAAUCCAGACAGAUCACCCAAGUUUAUGGUUUCUAUGAUGAGUGUCUAAGGAAAUAUGGAUCUAUCACUGUAUGGAGGUAUUGCACUGAAAUAUUUGACUACCUCUCGUUGUCGGCAAUCAUUGAUGGGCGAAUAUUCUGUGUGCACGGUGGGCUGAGUCCUUCAAUACAAACCCUUGACCAAAUCCGCACGAUUGACCGCAAGCAAGAAGUGCCUCAUGACGGACCCAUGUGUGACCUGCUGUGGAGUGACCCUGAAGACACCCAAGGCUGGGGUGUAUCGCCCCGAGGAGCGGGCUACCUCUUUGGUUCAGACGUGGUAGCCCAGUUCAACGUGUCGAAUGAUAUCGACAUGAUAUGCCGCGCUCACCAGCUCGUCAUGGAAGGUUAUAAGUGGCAUUUCAAUGAGACUGUACUCACUGUGUGGUCUGCCCCUAAUUAUUGCUACAGAUGCGGCAACGUGGCUGCGAUACUAGAACUGAACGAGAAUCUUCAGCGAGAGUUCACAAUAUUCGAGGCGGCGCCGCAGGAGUCGCGAGGCGUGCCCUCUAAGAAGCCGCAGGCCGACUACUUUUUAUAAUGUUGCGUACAAUAGACAAUUGACACAUGAGCAAGCGACCCAUCUAGUAUUACGUACGGUUUUAUUGUAGUGACAAAACAUUUCAUGUGGAAAUAAUUUAAUUGUGAUCUUAAGACUGGUGUUGAAUUGUAAGUUGAAUGUGUUUAUUUUAAGUCAUUGAAUAUGUGUUUAAUUAAUUUGCUAACUCUGGGAUAGCCUCGCGUGUUGGAAACGAAUCGCCUAAAAUCGAGAGUAAGUUGGUAUAUGAGGCGCGAGAUGUGGCGUCUGAAGAAAUUUGGACUUGAAAUCAAUGGUUUAGUACAAACGUAGUCCCACGACCGAAUGUUAGUUAAGUUAAAUCCUCUCAGGCAAAUAAUUUAUAAUGUAAUCUUGACUUAGUGUAAUUGAAUCCAUUUGUUACUCAAUGUUGAUACAAUAUUUUGAAUAACAGGCAUUUCUUUUGAUUUGUGUUAGUCCCUUAUUAAGCUAGAUGGCAUUUUACCAUUUUAAACUAUGCCAUUGAUUAAUUUAAUUUUUCAUUGUAAUUAGUAGGAGACCAGUUGAUAAAUCAUAAUAAUUAUAUAUAUUUAGUAAACGAACAAUGAGUAGGAUAAGCCAAGUGUUAAUUUGUUACAGCAAUAGGCAAUAAGCACGCAGAUCUGCGUGCCGAAAGGUUUGGCAACGUAGAUUAUAGGCCAAAUUACCUGUAUUGAAAUCAUUAUAGGAUUAUAGGACAUGUUUUAAAUACAUUUGACUAUCGGCCUCAGCGCUUACCGCCGCAUGUCUUCAUAAGGAUCAGGUGCACACUGUGUGAUUUGUGAUGUCAUUAAACACUGCCGUUAACUAUUAUUAAGGAGAUUAUUAAAUAUAAAGUAUUCAAGAGAUAACACAUUUUUGAAAUAUAAGCAUAUUGUUAGUGAUCUUUACAAAUUGAUAUAGAAACUAGUGCAAAUCGCAAUGUUUUGUAAUAAAUAGUCUCAAACAGGUUUUGUUAAAAUAAUUUUAGAUUUGGGUACAUGUAGAGAAUUUCAGAAUUCUAGACUACUGUAGCUGUUAUUGAAUCUUUCAUUAUUUUUUAGACUGUUCCUUAAUAUUCCUGUAAAUUUAAAUUCCAUUUGGUGAUAUGCUCAAACUACAAUUUAAUUAAUAAUUACACUUCACCUUCCUAGAUAAUAUGAAGAUAAAACAGAUUACAUUUGUAUUUUAUGCUUAGUGAUUUCAUUGGAUGAUUAAUUGCUUCCAUCUUUAUAAUGUUUAUUUAAAAAAUGGAUAAUGUAAACAACAGCAAAAGUUUUUAACUAUGCCUCCUUCCUUGAUGUGAAAUGGUUGUCUUCACUUCAUGAACCCAUUGUGCUUGAUAGCCCAAGGAUAGUCUUGACCGCAUUGUAAUUGUUCAAUAAUGUGAACUAGUGACUACCAUAAAACAUACAGAUUUCAUUAUAAUUACUGUGAUUAUUUCUGGUUUUAAAUGUUUUCCAGACCAAAUUGUUUAAAUAUAAUGAACUCGCUAUAAAUAGUGCUGUCCUUUUUUAUUUAAAAACAAAAUUUGUAUCCCUACUUCUUUUUAUACAAUUAUAAUUAUUAAAAUGAAAUGCCAUCA